AUGGCGCCGCCCCGGCCCGUGGUGCACUGCGGUGCCAGCAUGGCGGCGCCCAGCGAGGGGCGCUCGGGMCGGGGCUCCACGCCUUUCCCGGGCACCGACAGCGGCUCCUUCCCYUUCCCCUUCGCUGCCCCGCACAGCRCGGCGGGGGAGCCGCCCAAGAAGCCGUGCCGAGCCUGCACGGAUUUUAAGAGCUGGCUGCGCGAGCAGAGGAAGCAGGCGGCCCCGGGCGGCGCGGACGUGGCGGUCGCAGAGGAGAAGGAGCCCCCUCCAGACUGUCCCCUGGACAGCGAGCAGCUGGGCCGCAGCACCUGGGCCUUCUUGCACACCAUGGCCGCCUACUACCCUGACCGGCCCUCGAGGGCACAGCAGAGGGAGAUGARGGACUUCAUCAACCUCUUCUCCAAGUUCUACCCCUGCGAGCACUGUGCUGAGGACCUGAGGGAGAGAUUGCGGACAAACCAACCCGAUACGAGCACCAGGAGUAACUUCUCCCAGUGGCUGUGUCUCCUCCACAAUGAAGUGAACAGGAAGCUGGGGAAGUCAGAAUUUGACUGCUCCCGUGUGGAUGAGCGCUGGAGGGAUGGCUGGAAGGAUGGGAGCUGUGAUUAACCUGGAGAGAUAGCUCUGGGAAUCCAACAGAGCAGUUCAAUCCAUGUGGAGUCACUGCAGGGACAGUGGGAGUCAAUAACUCUGUUUGUGUGGGACUGAUUGAGAGCUCAGCCAAUGCCAAAAGGAGAUUUGAAAAUCCUGUCCCAAUAAUAUUUUGGUACYAGUAAUGUAUUACCUGAGGUUUGAGGCCUUAUAUUUGACACAGGAAUUGCCAGAAACCUGGGAGAUUGAGUCACUGACCAAUUCAUUUCAUUAUGACAUUUCCUGAUUCUGGGGGCAUUUGAUCUUUUUUUGUGACUGGAAUU